AUGCAACAACCUAAUUUAAUACAACAACCUAAUUCAAUACAAUUACCUAAUUUAAUACAACAAGCUAAUUUAAUACAACAAGCUAAUUUAAUACAACAAGCUAGCUUAAUGCAACAAUCUAAUUUUACUCAACAAUCACUUUUUCCGGGUCAACAUUAUAUACCAAAUUUAUUCUAUAAUCCAUUUUCAACAUAUAAUUCCUUUGGAAUAUCUUUUUCAACACCAAUUCAAUUAUCUUUACAACAAACAUUAUCUACAAUUGAAAAUUUUUUAAAAUUUGUAGAUGAAAGCGAAAAUACUAAAGAUUAUUAUCAGAAAUUUUUAUCAAAAUUUGAGCAACAAAAAAUUUCUGUACAACUACUUGCUGAAUUAUCAAAUGAAGAUUUCAUGAAAUGCGAUGUAGAUACUAUUAGUGCACGCCAAACACUUAGAAAAUAUGCUGCAAAAUAUAAUAUAAUUCCUACCUUAUCAUGCAAUAAAUU